GUCCACUGAAGGUGCAAGAUUGCGGCUGCGUUUACUGGAAGAUAUAUUUAGCUGUCCAGAUGGAUGUGAAAUCCCUUUGGUCUAUAAGAACGACAACUUUUGUGACUGCUCGGAUUGCGCGGAUGAAGAGACCUGGACCUGUGGCACCUGUGGAGCCUUCAACGAGGACGAAGAUCAGCAGGAGGCCCAAGACGUAGGCGCGGAUGAUGGCCAUGGGGAUGGUAGCCAUGGUAGAAGCCAUGUUUUUUUUGCCAUGAAAGAUCCGGAUUUCACAAUGGAUUUUCUAAGAAACGAUUCGAUUUACAUGGAUUGA